AUGGAGACCAGGAAAGACAAAUCCCUGCAGCAGAACCUCAUGGAAGAUGCAGUUGUGAGCAACUCCACAGUGCAGGAAUCCAACAGGGAGGAAAAUCCCUGGAGAUCUCACAGGAGGAAAGGCUGCAAGCCCAGCCCAGGAUGCUCUGAGGAGGAAAGACCCACUCUGGGUCAGGAAGGUGGGCAGAGCUUCAGCCAGAGCUCAGAGCUGGUGGUCCCUGAGCAGAACCAUGAUAGGGAGAAGCCCUACAAGUGCUUGGAAUGUGGGAAGAGCUUCAGGAAGAGCAACACCUUGAUCUGCCACCAGAUGAUCCACACCGGGGAAUGGCCCUACAAGUGUGGGGAGUGUGGGAAGGGCUUCAGCUGGAGCUCCCAACUCAUCAUCCACCAGCGCAUCCACACUGGGGAGAGACCCUAUGAGUGUCACGAGUGUCAGAAGAGGUUUCACACCAGCUCAAAUCUCCUUCUGCACCAGCGGAUACACACAGAUGAGAGGCCCUUCCGCUGCCCCGAAUGCAGUAAUGGCUUCAAGCACAACUCCACCCUCAUCAGGCACCAGCGCAUCCACACCAGGGAGAGGCCCUAUGAGUGUGGGGAAUGUGGGAAGAGCUUCAGCACAAGAUCCCACUUGAUCUGCCACCAGAUCACCCACACCUGGGAAAGGCCAUACACGUGUGAGCAAUGUGGGAAGGGCUUUAGCCAGAGGUCCAAACUGAUCAUCCACCAAAUGAUCCACACUGUGGAGAGGCCCUUUGAGUGUCCCGAGUGUCAGAAGAAGUUUAAGACCAGCUCAAAUCUCCUCUGCCAUCAGCGGAUUCACACAGAGGAGAGACCCUUCCGCUGCCCCGACUGCGGGAAGGGCUUCAAGUGCUACUCCUCCCUUGUCAAACACCGGUGCAUCCACACUGGGGAGAGGCCCUACGAGUGUCCCCGGUGUGGGAAGAGCUUCACCCAGAGCUCUCACUUGACCAUACACCAACGGACGCACUAGUAAAGGAAGCCCUGUGAGUCCCCAAACUGCAGGAAGAGCUUUCAACACUGCACCAGCCUUAUC